AUGGCGGCGCGUUUUCUUGAUUCUCCAUUCUUUGGCUCCGUGGUCUCGCAACGCGCUCCUUUUCCCGCCGACCGUUGCGCGGCGGAAAGGGUCCCCGCGCGUCCGCCGCCGAUUCUUCGUGGCCGACCGGACCGCUCCAUUGCGCGCCCGUGCACGAUCCCCCCAGUCUGUGCAGCGCAUGUCGUAGCCUCGGUCUGGUUCGAUGAUGACGUGGACGACCACGUGGACGAUCCGCGGUUUGCGGGGUGGGAAGGCGGUAGUAGUGCAGGCGGACGGGCGGGGAGACGAGGGGGGAGGCGCGGAGAGAACGCGGAGCAGGCGGGAGCGCGUGCGACCCGCAGGAAGGCGAAAGACUCGAAACGCGGUCGGGGAAACAGGGCGGCUGACGUGGACAGGGAGGGCGAGCAGCAGGGGAGCAGAGCGAAUGGGGAUGAAGGGAUGAGAUUGAAUGGCGGCACUCCCAGCACUAGUAGCACCCCCUUUACUGGGAAGACAGCCGUUCUAACGGUCCACCAGCAGCAGCACCAACAGCAGGAGAAGGAGCAGGAGGAGGAGGAGCAGGAGCAGCAGCAGCAGGAGCAGCUGCAGCAGGAGCAGCAGCAAGAGCCUCGUGUGGGGGGGAAGAAGGGGAGUGCGGGGGGAGGAGGGAUUGUUGUGGAAGGAGGGAGUGUGGUGAGAGGAGGGAUUGUUGUGGGAGGAGGGAUUGUGGUGAGAGGAGGGAUUCUUGUGGGAGGAGGGAUUGUGGUGGGAGGAAGGAUUGUGUUCUGA